UUUACACGCUACGCAGCAUGUUCAAAAAUAAAAGUUUUCCUAAAAAAAGACACAAUAGAGGGACAGAGCUGAGAGUGCAGGAUGGUUCUAUUAUGGAUUUUCAUACAGAUUCUGCUGAAUCAGGUCUAUGAGGUUGAGCUUGUUCAAGAAUAUGAAGACCUAUUCGGACCCGAUGAAUGGGUAGAAUCGGUAAUUGAAGAUGUAACUACCGGGGACAUAACAGAAAACGACUUGAAGAAAGCACAGGACUACAUAGAUCAGUUUUACAGUGAUGUUCCUAUGAGAAAAAGAUUGUCCAACCCAAUGGAGGAAAAAAUUAGGGCCAUGCAGUCAUUUUUUGGCCUUGAAGUCACUGGUAAAAUAGACAAGGAGACAAUGGAGGUUAUGCUAAAACCCCGGUGUGGAGUGCCAGAUGUGCAAAGGUUCAGCCACUUUCCAGGAAAACCAAAGUGGGAAAAAACAACACUUACCUACAGAAUUGUCAAUUACACACCAGAUAUCACCAAAAUGGAGGUGGAUUAUGCUGUGGCUCGUGCUCUGAGGCUAUGGAGUGAGGUCACACCUUUGCAAUUUAUGCAGGUUUACAGUGGCGAAGCUGACAUCAUGAUUUCGUUUGGAUCUAAAUCCCAUGGGGAUUUCUUUCCAUUUGAUGGACCAUUGGGCGUUUUGGCCCACGCUUUUGCACCAGGUGAAGAUGUUGGUGGAGAUACUCAUUUUGAUGAAGAUGAAAAUUGGACACUGAGUGGCAAAGGCACCAAUCUCUUCCUUGUUGCUCUUCAUGAGCUGGGACAUGCUCUAGGACUGGAGCACUCAAAAGAUGAGCGUGCCAUAAUGUACCCAACCUUGCUUGAAAAUUCAGUUGUGGAUCCAAGCAAGUUUAAACUCUUUUCGGAUGAUAUUGCUGGAAUCCAAGCUCUUUAUGGAAGAGGAAAUACAAAUUCCAAUCCAACAAAGUCACCACAGCCGAAACCAACAAAGAUUCCUAAACCCAUUCCCACAAGGAAACAGCCAAAGCCAACAAAGUUACCCCAGCCUAUUCCAACCAGAAAACCCAAGCCUAAACCAACAAGAGUCCCACGGCCUAUUCCUACGAAGAAACCUCGGCCAACAGCCACCAAGAAGCCUAAGACAACCAAUGCCCCAAAAGAUCCAGCAGUGCCGGAAAGGUGUAACACAAAUUUAGAGUUUGAUGCCGUCACCGCGAUGAGGGGAGAUUUACUAUUCUUCAAGGAUGAGGUUUUUUGGAGGAAAAGUGCAAGAACACGCAACAUUGACACCUUCUCCAUCAAAACUGUAUGGCCAAACUUGGGAAGGGUUGAUGCAGCAUAUGAAUUUACUGGUAGAGAUAUUGUCUAUCUCUUUAAAGGGCAGCAGUAUUGGGCAACAAGCGGCUUUAAAAUGCUCUGGGGAUACCCUCGGCCCAUCACCAAUUUUGGGUUUCCAAGAACCGUGAAGAAAAUAGAUGCUGCUAUGUUUUUAAAGGAUGAGAGAAAGGCCAUUUUCUUUGUGGAAGACAAAUAUUGGAGCUUUGAUCAUCACAAGAAUAAAAUGGACUCUAAGUCACCGAAGAAGAUAAAAGACGGUUUUCCAGGAAUAGGGACACAUGUAGGGGCUUCUUUCCAGAAUAUAGAUUACCUAUAUUUCUCCAAUGGCGCAAACCAGGCUGAGUACAGCCGAAAGAGGAGACUUGUUCUUCGUUCCAUUGCCAACUAUCGAUGGUUGAACUGUGACUGAACAAAAAUCGUUUACCAGUUAUGCUACAUGCAAUGCGAGUAAUAUCAGGAUAAGACAGCAGGGGGCACCAAAGUUUUCAAAUGGGACUUUUCUCUGCAAUCUUGUAUUUUUAGUCCCUAGGUCUAUUAUGGGCGCACUGUCUGUACUAAAGGUAUUUCUACUGCCACACAUGUAAAAGAAAAUAUUUCCUUGUAUGAAAACAUUAAAUACAAAUUUCUCUAACA